AUGGGUGCCGUCGUCUCUUGCAUCCAAAGCGUCUUCCGCGCCAUCGGAAGCGCCCUCAUGGCCAUCGUCAACGCCAUCGGCUCUAUCUGCCACGCGAUCAUCAGCGGCGUCGUGACCGUGGUCGACGUCAUCAUCUCCUUCCUCACCUGCGGCUACUGUGGAAGACGCAGACGAGGCAGGAGAUCGGCCGUCUGA